AUGAACCAAGAACGAGAUGAUUAUAUGCGAUCAACUAUUUUGGAAACGUACGAUCUUGAAAUUGAAACAACUUCAUAUAUUUGUGUACUGUUUCAUCCAUUUGACGAAGAUGGACAAAGUUAUCCAGAUUAUCAAGUGUUUAUUGCGAUUGGAGUUUGUUGGAUAGAAAUCGUAAGAUUUUUUUUCAAUAAUACCUGGUGAUGGGGUAAUGGGUCAUUUUUAUUAGGGCCUAAGAUAAGGAAUAGGAUCUUUUCUAAUUUAAAGUGACAACAACUGCCCUUUGUUAUUUCUAAGAACUCUUCUACCUCGAAUCAAAUCCCAAGAAACCAAUUAUAAUUAAACAGUUGACAUCAAUGUGGGCAGUAUUUUACUUCGGAAUUAAAUGUUAUUGUCUGAUCAGAAAAGCACUUCGAAAAUCGGAUCAAACAUCAAGAAAAACAAAAGGCCUUCAACAACAAUUAUUUCAAGCUUUAGUUGUGCAAACAUGUAUUCCGUUAAUUCUUAUGUAUAUUCCAAUUGCAAUUCUAUUCAUUUUCCCAAUGUUACAUAUAGAUAUUGGGUUUACAAGUUCAUUUGUUGCAAUAACAAUUGCAAUUUAUCCCGCAAUAGAUCCCCUUCCAAAUAUGUUUAUAAUCAAUAGUUAUCGUAAGACUAUUUCCCGUUUAUUCAAAAUGUGUCUAACUUGCUCUCUUGAUAACACUACUGCAAAUCGAUGUUCAAUAAUUGAACCACGACCAAUCGAAAUGAAAAUUAUGAAAAAGUUGCCAAAAAACAAUAAUUAUAAUAUCGUUUUAAUUUGA